CAGAUUCAAUGUUGCUAACAAGUCAUUCGACAUAAAGGUGGACCUUCCUUAUAUUCAUCUCAGUGGUCAGUACAUUUUGGAAGGGAACAUAUUAUUAGCCCCCAUAAGAGGAAAAGGAAUUUUCUACGUUAAUUUAACUGAUGCAAGUUGUACCAUUUUUCACACAGUUGAAAUUUACAAUAGAAAUGGAGUUGAAUUCCUUAGACCAAUGAUAACUAUUCCCAAAAUGGAUGUUGGCAAAGUUGUCGAUUAUGGAUUCACAGGCUUAUUCAGGGAAAAUAAGGAGUUAGAGAAAGUGACGAAAUCCAUCAUAUCAAAGAACCUAGAUGUUAUCAUUGAUGAAUUCACGCCAGCUAUCGAGAAGGUUUUGGGACAAAUGUUCGACGACCUAAUUUUCAAACCAUUGACCAAAAUUCCGUACGAAAAGCUUUAUCCGAAAUAGUUGCAUUGGAUUCCAAAGACAGAAAAUCUUUCCUCUUCUUGAAGUAUCAGAUAUCAUUUUCUUUUCAUUAUUUCUUCAUACAGUAAACAAUUCAUUUUCACCAGCAAUUAUGUUCAUAAAUACAAUGGUUAAUUAUUGUUUUAUUCAUAUGGACAAAAUAAUAUAAACUUUUUUAUCUACG